AUGCCUUCGUCCAACCUACAGCUCCCGCACCUCGUUUCGUUUUGCGACGCCUUCGAGCUCAGGACGAACCGACAUUGUCGCGCAGUCACAAUCGCUUCCAAGAAGUGGGCCGCGCAGUGCCCGUAUCUCGACCACGAAGAACGCCAGGCAGUCGCGGGGCUGCAGCCAGGCCUCCUCGCCUCGCUCUGUUACCCGACCUGCGAUGUCGCACAGCUUCAGUUCAUCACGGAAGUCCUGAUCGUCGUGGUGCAUUGGCUGGACAAGCCACAUGCAGCCGGGGACGAGAGAUUCAUCGACCAAACCUGUACCAAAGUCUCGCGGGACUGGCUGAAGACGUGGCAGCCGCGCUUUCGGCGGCACCUGCAAGCCUUUCGUGACGCUCGGGUACUGGUACAAACGGACAACGAGCGUGCCGUCGUGCCUGACUUGGAGUCGUAUGUUCCCCUCCGCCAGGAAUCCUCGUGCGCCAAGAUCCUCCUGGACAUGAUCGAGUACGCCGUGGGGUUGCACAUCCCCGACACGGUCUACGCGGACCCCGUCCUCAAGCAGCUCCGGAAGAACGCGUGCGACAUCAUAGCCUGGUCCAUCGACAUCGCCUCCGUCGCGCGCAAGCAGGCGACGAGCGACAAGCACAACCUCGUCCUCAGCGCCGUCCACGCCGCGGGCGCGCUCGUCAAGAAGACCGUCGGCGCGUUCCUCGAGAACGAGCGCCUCCUCGCGCAGGCGCACGCGUUCGGCCCGUGCGUCGACGCGGACGUGCGGCGGUACGUGCGCGGCGUGCGCGACUGCAUCGUCGGCCUCACGCACUGGCUCUACGAGACGGACCGCUUCUUCGGCGAGGCGGGCGACGACGUGCGCGACCUCGGCUGGGUCUUCCUGCCGUCGCGGUAG